UGCGCAGAGUUGGACGGCGAGCCCGCGGAGCGACCGCGACCUCCGUCGCCGGACUCGACGGCGGGGCGGCAGAGCGUGUACAACGAGGACCUGGUGGCGUCGCUGGUGUGCGCGGCGUGCGCGCACUACAUGGUGGCGCCCAUCGAGCAGUGCAAGCGCGGCCACAACAUCUGCAAGUUCUGCCGGCGGCGCGCGCACCAGCACCGCUGCCCCGUGUGCAGCGCGCGCCUCUCGGGCAUCCGCAACGUCGUCGCCGAGGACAUGGCGCGCAAGCUGCUCUUCCCGUGCGUGCACGCGCACGCCGGCUGCUCGCGACAG